CUCCCCUUCCCCGAGGAUGUAAUUGGAGCAGACAGCAGUUGGCCUGGCUGGCCUGACUGACAGACAACAACAGUCCAAACUGAACAAACCAAAACUUACACUGAAGAGUUCCAGUGAGCUGCACUGGAGACGAAAAAGAAUAAAAAAAGACACUGAAGGAUUAAUCGACUGAGGAUCUGUUUACAGAGAAGAGACCAUUUUUGAUUUCGGGGGUCGCCAUGAAAGGCCUGGAUCUGCUCCUGCUGGCAUGUUGCUUAUGCAGCCUGAGCACAUUGGGAGGAACGUCAGAAGUGGAGAAGACUCUGAUGAAGGAGCUCUUUUCCAAUUACAACCUUAAGGUGCGGCCAGCAAUCAGCCCUGAACACAGGGUGGUGGUCCGUGUGGGAAUGAUCCUCUCCUCCUUCGUUGGACUGAAUAUGAAAAAUGAAGAAAUGAGCACAGUUGUUGUCAUGAAUCUGGAAUGGACAGAUUAUCGACUGUCAUGGAAACCCAAGCAAUAUGAUGGGAUUGAGGUGUUGCGUAUCCCCGCGGGGAAGGUUUGGCUGCCUGACAUUGUCCUCAUCAAUAAUAAUGACGGGACGUUCGAUGUGGCCCUGCAUGUCCAUGUUCAGGUUUAUAAUAAUGGCAGAGUGACCUGGACUCCCCCUGCACUCUAUUACAGCUCUUGUGGAGUUAAGGUAACAUAUUUCCCGUUUGACUGGCAGAACUGCACCAUGCAGUUCCGCUCGUACACGUACGACUCAUCGGAAAUCGACAUACAGUACGCGCUGGACUCAAGAGGCAACGAGAUCAAGGAGAUCCAACUGGACGAAGCUUUCAGUGAGGGAGGCGAGUGGCACAUCAGACACAGGCCGAGCAGGAAGAACAUGAAUGACGAUAAGUACGAGGACAUGACCUUCUACCUGAUCAUCGAGCGGAAGCCUCUGUACUACGUGUUGAACAUCAUCCUCCCCUGCAUCCUCAUCACCAUCAUCGCCAUCUUUAACUUCUACCUGCCUCCUGAUGCAGGAGAGAAGAUGGGUCUAUCGAUCAAUGUGUUGCUCACCCUCACUGUGUUCCUGCUGCUGUUGGCUGAUAAGAUCCCAGAGACAUCACUGGGUGUCCCCAUCAUCGUCAACUACAUCAUGUUCACCAUGAUCCUGGUGACGUUUUCUGUCAUCCUUAGUGUGGUCGUCCUUAACCUGCACCACCGCUCACCCAACACCCACCAGAUGCCCAUGUGGGUCCGCAAGAUCUUCAUCCACAUGCUGCCUCCUUACCUUGGCAUGCUGCGGCCAAAAGUAGAGACCCCCCUGUCCCUGGAGACCCUGCCCCGCCGAGAGAAAAGGAUUGUCACCAUCAGCAAAGUGGCUGAUGAAUACUUCAUCCGCAAGCCUGACUCCUCCAUCUUGUUCCCCAAGCCCAACAGGUUUCAGCCAGAGGGCAUGUGCACAGAUUUGAGAAAGUUUAUCGAUGGUCCCAGCAGCUACCUCACGCUACCUGACGAGCUCAAGACAGCCAUAGACUCCAUCACGUAUAUUGCUGAGGCUUUGCAGGCUGAGAAGGACUACGAAGCUCUGAAGGAGGACUGGCAGUACGUAGCCAUGGUGGUGGACCGCAUGUUUCUCUGGAUCUUCGUCGUCUUCACCACCGUGGGCACCUUGGCCAUCUUCGCCGAUGCCAGCUUCAACCACACACCCACCGAUCCCUUCAAAUCCCCCUGAAGCAGAAGGACAUUCGUUUUUCUUGAGCUCUACCAAUCCUGGUUUACAAACCGCAGCAAAUAGUGAAGAGGACAUUACUGUACUAAACUGCCAAAUGAUUCUCUGGGUGUAGUUCACCAUCCACUCGAUGUGCUAGCAAUUGAGAUUGUAUUCCAGGCAAGAAACUUGCUCACCUCACAUUUUCUACUGUCAUAUUGUGUCUUGGAAAGCAAUGCCAACUGACAUUACUUGUUCUGACUGGUAAAUUUCGUUUGCCUGUAAUACAGACAGCAUCAAGUACUGAAAUACAUCUUGACAAUAUUCCAUUAUCGUGUCAAACUAUAAUUUCCCUCAUUCAACACUUUCAUUCUUCGUCACAUGGAAGGCAAACACUCUUAAGUCUCUGCUCUGAAAAAACAUAAGGAACCGGGAACCCGAUCAGUUUUUGGACGUUAAACUUGAACAGAAGGGCAUGUAUCUUUGAGGUUUGUCAAAUUGCAUGCUGUCAGGAAAUCCUGCAAGGUUUUGUCUGCAGUCAACCGCAGUUUUCAAGAAAUGGGAAUACAUAACUUGGGGUAUUUUCAGCUGAAAGAGCAACAGUACUCAAGAGCUUCUCUCAGCCUCUGUAUUGUUGCCUUAAUCACAUAAGAAUGUAUUGCUGCCUAUUUUGAUAUAGAUCAUAUAAACUAGACAAAACUGUCCAAGGACAUUGAUAAUUGCAUGAAAUAUACCAGCCAGUUAGCGUAUAAACACAGAAAUCUAUGCUGUUGGUGUGUUUUUAGUGUGUAUGUAGGUCUGAAGAGUGUAGAUCCAACUUUGGAUAUUCAUGUGUGGUGUUCACACAUAAACACCAAGACAAACCAGAUGCUAUAAUGAGCAAGCUGUAUGCCUUUCAUUUCCCUGUGUCAGAAUGUUCCGGAGUGUGGCACAUGCUUUGUGGAUAUUUCUGCAACCACAGUAAUCCUCUUUGUAUUUUCGGUGCUAGUUUUGCAUGGAGGAUAUUCUUAUGUCGGAGUGCAGAGCAGCAUGCCAACUCAAUUCACCAGCUGCACCAAUAGCCUGUGGAAUUCCCAUUAUAUAGGAGACCUGUUCGUCUUAAUGGCUUGCUUUCUUGCAGACAUAGACACACACACACACACACCACAUGUCCUGUUUGAUUCUCACAUGCAAGCAUGUAGCACAGAAUUCUACGCCCUAUACAUAGGCGGUCUCUGUGGACCCCCUUGCUCUCAUGGUUCACAUCUCUCACGCAUCUUAGUAUUAUUUGUUUUUUUUGUUUUUUACAUGUAAUUGAUCCAACAACUGUACACAUGAAUCUGGGUAGCCACUAAUAAACUGUUCAUACCACAUUUAAACAAGUAAUGAUAAGUACUUAUCACUCCUAAGUUAUGAGACAAAGCUAACCCCUUCUUAUUUUUCCUAUAGUCCUAUAUUGAAAAAUACCAUGAGUUAUAUUUUAACUAGGCUCUGCCUCAUUGAUCACCAUCAGGGCCAGUUCUAGGCAUUAAGUGGCCCUGAGCAAGAUUUUUUUGUGGCCCCAAAAAACUCUUAAAUGUAGCAAUAACUGAGCGCACACACAAUAGAGAUGGACAAAUCAUUCAACGUCCUCGAUCAUGCAGGAUUCAUAACAUCUAGAUGUUAUCAAACAAGACAAGUUAUUAAAAGGCUACAAAGACAGAUCAUCUUCUGACACGUUUACGGCUAAAUGAAGAUAUUAACCAGAGGUCCUGUCUGAUAAAUAAGAGCAAGAAUAACUACCAGAGCAUGAUGAUGAUUUACACACAAUUUAACAUACAUAAUAUUUUCAUGACGGAGGAGCUUUGGGGCUUCCCUUUUUAUUUGGCUUUAGAUUUGGUAUGUACAUUUAUGUUAUAAUACAAGAUUUCAGCACAGAGGAACAAUUAGGCUUCAUCAUGACUUUAUUGAGAAUUACUCUAAAGUUUCAGGGCGCCACUAACCCAUGCACAACAUGUUGAUUGUUAGUGUAUCAUUAAUGUUACAGUAAUGCCACGUUAACGUGUAAACAACAUGGUCAUUUCAACUAGUUCAAAUCAAAUCAAAUCAAAUCAGAUUUUAUUUGUGUAGCCCAAAGUCUAGUACAUUUGCCUCGGGGGGCUUUACAAUCUGUACAGAGAGUGACACCCUCUGUCCUUAGACCCUCGGUGCGAGUGAGGAAAACCUUGCCCACAAAAACCCUUUAAAAGGGAAAAAAGGUGGAAGAAACAACUUGUUGUUCAAUGUUCAUGCUUAACUUAACACCGUACAAAGUGAGGAGCAAGCAACAUCAGUCCAAGUAAUGUGUCCCACGAUCUUGAAACCGAAAUGAUUCCCCUCCUCGGUUCUUGGUUUACUUGGCCUACUUUUAACCUUCUGAAAAUGAUAGUGGAUUAUCUGGUAUUAACAUUACUGUCUUCUGAAGGCCGCUGUGGGCUCAGUUUUAAGCUAGUGCGAAGCCGGUAUCAUAUGAAUCUUUAGAUUCAUGCUGAGAUUGCAAUGAAUCCGUUGAUACCAAACAUGUCAUGCUAUCUUACUGGGAAAGGGGCUAAAUAUGGCUCCAAAGUUGAACUAUCUUUUACCAUGAGGUCCACGACACCUCAAUGUCAAAUGAUUGCUUGUAAUAGCUUUUAGUAGCCACUUCAUGGGCUCAACUUGUCUCGUGUCCUCGGUAACAAAUGAGGGACCUGCCGCUGAUUCAAAAGCUGCUUCUGAAAGUGAGGGCCAUGCUUCAUGAUGUAAUGCUUUGCUAGAUAUAAUGUCAUAUGACAAACUCAUUUAUGCUAUACAACUCCUGGCUGACAGUUUUCAAUCUAAAAAACUUCUGAUAUUAACUUUUAAACUCUUUAAACAUUUCCUUUGAAAGAAGUGAGUCAAAAGCUAUUUCCAUCAGUUUGCAUUCUUUUCUUUCUUUUGUCUUUCUUGAGUAAAGGCGUGACACGUGGUGCACAUUUUGUGCUCGAGCAUCAGCAGUCGCUCAGCUAGAUUGGGCGCAGUCAGAGAGAAAUUCUGGUGUGCAGUGGAAUAAACCAUCAGGGAGACCUCAGAGAAUCUCCACUUCGUUUUUUACAGAUACAAAGAUGAGUCUCUUAAUCUGUUUAUUCAGUCAGUUUUAAUUUGGUUAUGGCACUAAUUACUAAGGAAUUAAAAAUUGCAAACAAAAACAAACUUUGAUGCUUUUUGAAGGGCCCUCCACCCUUCAGGGGCCCUGGCUAGUUGUCCCGUGUUUUCACGUGACACAAACACACACCUGCCCUUUCAAUCUUGUACUUUCAUUCUGUUUCUGUGUGUGUGUGUGUGUUUUUUUUUUAAAAUAAAGAUCUGAAGGGAGAAUUUCAAAGGCUCCAUCUGUUGUUAGAAUGCUACUGUGAGAGUUGCGACCCUCACUCCGUCACCUGCCCCUUCUGCUAUUAAUAAUCCUUAAUAAUCCUACACACACACACACAAAGUCACACUGGCACUGGUUACCGGACACUGCUGCACGGGCUUCCCUGAUAUUUCGAUGUGUGUAAAUACACUCGUGCGUCCAUGAAGUGCGAGCUGAAGCGUUUGAAAGCUGAAAGUCUGUAGUCAUUCUCGACAGCUCAUUGUGGUGAUGGUGCUGAUAGCACUUCAAGAUUAUUGACCCGGCUGCAGCGUUGCUCGAAUUGCACUAAUUUCCGUCCUCUCGCUUAUUAUCCAACACUUUGACCUUGCGUAAAACUCUGUAGCACUGAGGAGACGGGCUGUUGGACUGAUACACAGAAAUAUUUUGACUGAUGUAUUUAUACUGGUAGUGGCGGCAUGCAGGAGAGCAAGUCAGAGACAUUUCCCCUCUCUUAACUUCUGAUUUAUGACCUGUUUGUGUUUUUGCACUGGAAAACCUACCUGACCAGAGCGAGGGAGAGAGAGAAUAGUCUGACCUCAGAUACAACAAAGGGGGUAAUAAAAGUGGAGAUAGAGGGUAAGCGAUGGGAGGACAGUGAGUAUUUUCUUGUUUUUACUUUAAAAAAAACAUGAAGGAUCCGAAAAAGCAGCAGUAUCCAGAGUUCACUCCGAGGCCUUCACCUCAUCGAUCAAAACACUUGUAGUCUUCACGUCUUAGAACAUCCCUCACCAUUUCUAUAGCAACAGCAUCCAUCUCUAUUUUUAUAUCUUAUUGGACAUGCUUAUCUUUUCUUGCCACCGGCUCACCUCAAACUCAAUAUGGGCAAGACUGAGUUGCUCUUUCCCUCACUCAAACUCCCGAAUCCUGUAAGACCUCUUUCUAUCACUAUUGACAACACUUCACUGCUCCUGCCAAGAAGUUUGGUAAUUCUGGACUCUGCUGCAGCAACUUCAUCCUGCAGGUUUUUGUUCCACAGCAUUUGUGGAGUCUUUCAGCAUCGCAUUUGAAUUUUUUGAAUUAGCUUUAAUGGCUCAGAGACAUCUAAAGUCACGUCAUGUCAGCCUUGCUCUGCUGAAUAAUGUAUUUUCUGCUCAACUAGCUGCGAUGUCUUCAUCUUUCUCUUUAUUUUACUUGUCACAACCCCUCCCAUAUCACUGAAAUAAUGUCAAGGCUGUGAAUUUUUUGCUAUAGCUUGCAAUUUUAAGAAUAGCUUAUUUUACUGCAAUAUGAAGGUUAUUCCAUCUUAAUUUUGGUAAUCGAUUUGUUCUGACCCAAAGUUCCUGUUAUGUAAAGCCACUAUGCGCCUAAAGACACACAUUUUUAUGUGAUUAUGUAAUCUUUUUGUUUGUAUUACAUUAAAC